UCUGUAUUAUUAAGACACAUUAUAUAUAGAAAAUACACUGCGGUAUAAAUACUAUGCUGUGAUCGUGUGUACAUAAAAUAUCAUUGAUUUAAAAGAAUUUGUUUUGUGAAUGAAAAUGGAAGUUUUGAGUCAUUUUGAUCAUAUCGACGAGAGUGUGGAUGAGAAUACAAUUAGCAAUGACAAUGUUGGCGUCGUUCUAGAGGAAGCAGAAAUAAUAGAUUGUGAUACAGAAAUAGAAACUGUCACAGAAGAGGACAAUGUGCAGUAUCAGUUAUGUGAACUGAAUAGGAAUGAUAAUGCUGUAGCAUAUCGUGUAGUACAAGUUGGUGAUAGUCAUGCAACUAAUGCUGAGUUGUCGUUGGCUGCCCCUAUAAAUAAUGCUGUUCAAGUUUUAACAUCUCCAAUAAAUGGCCAACUUUAUGUACUUAGCAAUGGUAAUGAAGUAGUUAACACAGAUUCUACAAGAUCAGUUACACCACGAGUCAAACUUCAAAUAGAUAAUCCACAAAAUAUUCUUACCAGCAUUAAAAAGAGGGAUGAAAGGAGAAGAGUAACACAUAAUGAAGUUGAAAGACGUCGUAGAGAUAAAAUUAAUAAUUGGAUUGCAAAGUUAGGAAAGCUUUUACCAGAAUGUGAACAAAGUACAACAGGAGAUGCUGAGGUAAAAACAAAUUUUGAACUGCAGAGUAAAGGAGGAAUUUUAGCAAGAGCUUGUGAAUAUAUUACAGAAUUAAGAGAUGUGCAGGAAAAUCUUGCACAAAGUUUAGAUGAAAAUGCUCAAUUAUUAGAAGAAGCCAAAACCUUGAGACAAGUAGUGAAUCAAUUGAGAAAAGAAAAUGCUGAACUAAAGGCACAAAUACCAACUGGUACAACUUACAUACUUGGUACUUAAUUUCGGAUAAUGCAUAUAAUAGAUAUGAAUAGAUACGAUUUUUCAUGAAAUAAUUUGUCUGUCAGUACGAUUUUAUUUAAAACGACGUGUACUUUCAUUGUAAGUACUUGGAGUAAUAUGUGGGGAACACGUACAGUUUAGUGCAAUAAAGUAAUAGUAAUAUAGUAAUUAUAAAAUGUUUAUUUACAUAUAUUUAACUGAGUAAAUAUUUAUAUUUUGAA